AUGGCAGUUACUGGAAACGAAUGCAAAGACUUUCUAGCAGCCGAAGGCCAGUAUGUCCUCAAGAGAGAGAUAUAUCUCGAACCUACUACUCCUAAUUUAACAGGAGGUACCUUAAUUUCACUUGUGUCCGUGAAAUACAAAGAAUAUACAUCACAUCGGCAGUCCUCUAGUGGUGAUGGUACCUCAACAGAGCCUACUAGUGACAACAACACUCUUAGUAACCGUCCACCAUCCACUGAUGACUCUCCUCUCGAUAAUCCAGCGGAGGAUGCAGCUGACUCUGCUCGCUCACAACCACAGCCCCAAAACUCUCAAGACCCUCCUUCUCCGACAACUACAACAUACAAAGAACCCGUCUCGCCUGGUGAUGCGUCAGCCGUCAAAUCUCCUACUCAGAACUCCUUUACUUCCAAACAGUCAUUAGGCGGUAAUGUGCCGAUACCAACCGCUAUCGAAGGGAAACGUGACGAUGAAGGUGCCUUUACAUCCUUAUCCUUAUUCAGCGCUGCCAAACGUAAAAAACCUAAACAUAGUAUUACUAAGACAAAUUCAUCAUUUGUAACAAAAAUAAUUACAAAUGACAACUUUGCAAAGAUUUUGGCGAACAGGCAGAACGAGGACACUUACUUGUUCUAUAACAUUGGACGUACAUUUUGUUGGACUGAUCUGACAAACAAUUCAAAGGAACCUUUAUCGCGGGUUAACUUCAAAGCGUUUCCAACAUGUCAUGAUGUCAAUCAACUUACGCGAUCAUGCGAUCAUUUGGACGUUAUUAUUGGAUUUUCAAGUGGAGAUGUAAUAUGGUUCGAUCCAUUGUGUAAUAAAUACUAUAGAUUAAACAAAGGGGGAAUAAUCAAUGGUUCCACCGUGACUAUGGUGAAGUGGAUUCCGGGAUCAGAGAAUCUCUUUAUGGCAUCGUAUCAAGAUGGAUCUGUGAUUAUUUAUGACAAAGAGAAAGAUGACCAAAGUUUUACCUCCAACGGUGUCAAUGAAGAUGAAGGAUUUCGAGUGACUCGUCCGUCGAAACACUCUAAAUAUAAUCCCGUAUCGUACUGGCAUGUUUCCAAGAAGGCUGUUACUGCAUUCGCAUUUUCCCCGGAUUGUCAACAUGUAGCCAUUGUUUCUAUAGAUGGUUGUCUUCGCAUUGUUGAUUUUCUUCAAGAGAGGCUCUAUGAUACAUACAGCAGUUAUUUCGGUGGCUUCUCUUGUGUGUGUUGGAGUCCUGAUGGUAAAUAUAUACUCACUGGUGGUCAAGAUGAUUUAGUCACGAUAUGGGCAUUCCGCGAACAGCGCAUACUUGCGAGAUGUCAGGGUCAUGCGUCGUGGGUAACUGGCGUUGCUUUUGAUCCCUGGCGAUGUGAUGAGCAGAAUUAUCGGUUUGGAUCGGUUGGAGAAGACACCAAGCUAUUACUCUGGGAUUUCAGUGUUAAUGCUCUGCAUAAGCCAAAGACAUUAAGUCAUCGACGUGCGAGUGUCGCAUCACAGUCUCAUGGAUCAACAACUACAUUAAGGCGAAACGUAGCAGAACCUGAACUAAAUGUGGUUCACCCUUGUUUGCCAAGGUCGGAAGUCGCUGUUUUGCCGCCUGUAGUGGCUAAAUCGGUCGAUCCGGAUCCGUUAAGUUCAAUAACAUUUCGCGAAGAUUCCAUAAUAGUUACAUGCAGAAAAGGCCACAUAAAAUUAUUCUCAAGACCAAGUCAAUAA